UUUUCUUCAAGGAAAAAACAGUUACAACGUUUUCUUAUCUUAUUAAUUUCACAAAUGCCUAUUCUCAACCUUUUUCCUGCUAUGACAGAGUGGUUUUCUAGCAAUGGUUGUUAUGCAUGUAGGCUAUUGAUGAAAGCUUUUGAGAAGCUUAUUUUUGCUGAGUUUAUUUUCAUUUUAGCUCUAGGAGGGUCCAUAGUGGGAAUAAUUGCAGGAGCAAUUCAAGGGCAUACCACAGAAGGUGGUUUUCUUGAAGGAGUUGGCAAAGGAGCUGUUACAGGUGCCAUUGCAGCUCUUGAAUUGUUCAAUCCUGCUGUUUCUGAUGAGCCAGUGUCUAAGGUUGUCCUAUUGAAAGGUUUAUUUAAUGGGAAAGUAUUUAUGGAAUGGAUAUGUCCAGCUGUUGCACAAGCUUAUGAAUGUCAUAUCAACACACAAGGAACAACAAACAGAGAAUCAUCAGAUGUUUAUGAUGAUAGAGGAGUCACACUCAAAGGCAUGCCCCACAAUUUUAUUCAAAAGCUUCCUGUUCAGGAAUUUGAAUCUACCGAAAUGUUGAAAUAUUACCAUGAAAAAACGUGUUGCUCAAUUUGCUUCCUGGACUUUGAGGAAGGAGAGUGUGUGAAGAUACUUCCAAAUUGUUGCCACAUUUUUCAUUUGGAUUGCAUUGACGAAUGGUUAGUCCAAAAAGGAUCGUGCCCAAUGUGUCGAGCUUAUGUCACACAUUUAUGAAUUGGUGGAUCAAUUUUCAUGAAAUAUGCGUAUAUAUGAUAACAAGUUGGGUUAGGUAGAACCCAAUUUUGAUUAAAAAUAAAUAAAAAAUUCAAAUGGAUAAAGUUAAUGGCACAUUUAUAUUGGUUCUGCUGAAAUUCUGGAUAGAUAUUCAGCUAACUAAUAUAAAGUGUCGAGGAAUUAAUUUGAAUUUUGUGGAAAACAUAUU